CGCGUUUGAUCCCCGAUCCUCGCUCAGGACCCUGCGCUGCCGGCGGCGCCCGAGUCCGCGGACUCCACAGAGCCUUAACCUGAGAGCCCCUUUCCCAGAGCUUCCCCGGCCCGGCCGGUACUGCUGGGCCUCGGCCGGGAUCUCCCGCCGGUGUCCGGGCCCGCCCGGAAGGGGCGGCGGCCCCGGCGAUGGCGGACGAGGCGCUGUUCCUGCUGCUGCACAGCGAGAUGGUGGCGGGGCUGUACCGCGCCGCCGAGCAGGGCGAAGGGGAGAACGGGCGCUGCACCACCAAGCUGGAGAGUAUGGGCUUCCGCGUCGGGCAGGGGCUCAUCGAGAGGUUUACAAAAGACACUGCCAGAUUCAAGGAUGAAUUAGAUAUUAUGAAGUUCAUUUGCAAAGACUUUUGGACAACAGUAUUCAAAAAACAAAUAGAUAAUCUAAGGACUAAUCACCAGGGUAUUUACGUCCUUCAAGACAAUAAAUUCCGUCUCUUGACACAAAUGUCUGCAGGAAAGCAGUAUUUAGAACAUGCACCAAAGUAUUUAGCAUUCACCUGUGGACUAAUCAGAGGAGGCCUAUCAAAUCUGGGAAUAAAGAGUAUUGUAACAGCUGAAGUUUCAUCAAUGCCUGCAUGUAAAUUUCAGGUGAUGAUACAGAAGAUGUAGAGCACGUUCAAAUCUGGGUAUCUACUUUAAAAAGCCUUUGUAUGUGGAUUCAGUAUCUUGGCUCAUUCUUGUAUAUAACAUGUAAAUUAUAGCAGUGUGCAGCACAAUUCCAAAAUAUAUAAUAAAUGCUCAUAGAAAUAACUUAA